CCUCAGCUGGCGACUCACUUUCCUCACGCAGCGAACGACUCACUUUCCUCACGCAGUGAACGACUCACUUUCCUCAGCUGGCGACUCACUUUCCUUACGCAGCGAACGACUCACUUUCCGCAGCCGAUGAAGUGAUGUGUGAAAUAUUUCAGCUUCAGGCCACUCAAGAUCCAGGAGUGCAGCUUUCACCCAGACGGCCAGUCAGGUUGGGACACAUGGAUCUGGUGACAAUGAUCAGGAACCGCUGCCAAACCCAGCCCAGCCACUGAGUCAAGCGCUACCUGGAUAUUUAGCACCUCUGCCUUCCGAGUUGGCUUCUUCUGUGUCAGCAGAUCAGAGGAAGAGGAAGAGGCAGAGCGGCAGUCAGCAAGCUCCAGAUGAUGGACGUCCAUCCACCUCAUAUAAGAGACCUGCCAAACGGACUUGCACAGCUUCAGGCCGCUCAAGAUCCAGGAGUGCAGCUUUUACCCAGACGGCCAGUCAGGAGGUUGGGACACAUGGCUCUGGUGACAACAAUGAUCAGGAACCACUGCCAAACCCAGCCAGCCACUGUGAGUCAAGAGCUACAUGGAUAUUUAGCACCUCUGCCUUCUGAGUUGGCUUCUUCUGUGUCAAAAGAUCAGACUCUCGGGAAGUGGAAGAGGCAGAGCGGCAGUCAGCAAGCUCCAGAUGAUGGAUGUCCAUCCACCUCAUAUAAGAGACCUGCCAAAAGGACUUGCACAGAAGCAUAUGCGAAGGGUCCAUUGCUGGGGCAAGGUGGAUUUGGCUCUGUGUAUGCUGGGACCCACAGGUCUGAUGGACUUCCAGUUGCCAUCAAGUAUGUCACUAAAGGGAGGAUGAACAAGAGGCUGAAAGUUGAAGGCCAGGGUCUGCUGCUGCUGGAGGUUGCACUGAUGACCCGGGUCAAUUCAGCUCCUGCCUGCCCCAAUGUCCUGCAGCUUGUGGAGUGGUUUGACCCUCCCACUGAUUACAUCAUGAUCCUGGAACGACCAGUUCCUUGCCAAGAUCUCCAGAGUUUCUAUGAGGAGAACGGCUGUCUAGAUGAGAGCCUGGCCAAGAAAGUGCUGGUCCAGCUCAUCACUGCGCUGAAACAUUGCAAGAGCCGUGGAGUCUUGCACCGGGACGUCAAGCCUCAGAACCUGCUGAUUUCCACAGUUUCUCAUAACAUCAAGCUGCUGGACUUUGGUUGUGGAGACCUCCUAAAGGACUCUGCCUACACAUCGUUUGCAGGCACUCUUCAGUGCGCCCCUCCUGAGUGGUUUCUUCAGCACCACUACCAUGCAGGACCGGCUACUGUUUGGUCAGUGGGGGUGACGCUCUACAAGAUCUUAUGUGGUUUUUUACCCUUCAGAGUCUCAUGGAGGGUCACCUCUAACAGCAGACUGCACUUCCCUAGAGAGCUGUCUACAGGCAAGAGAUAGCAUACAUUCAGAGAUAGAGCCAGCAGAGAAGUUUGUUCUGUUGUGUUACUGAAGGCAAGUACUGUGUUGUGUGUAACAGAAUGCCGUCACUUGAUUAGCUGGUGUCUCAGUGCAGCGGUGGCAGACCGGCCUAGCUUAGACGACAUUGAGUGCCAUCCCUGGUUACACUGAACAGGUGGCCAGUGACAUUACACUUAUCUGAAGCACAGCAGUCAUAGGUUGGAUUGGAUUGUUAGGAUCAGUCUAGAUAAAAGGUUUUAAUUAUUGGUAUGGGUGAUCAGGAGUGAUACAGGACCUGCAGAGACGGCUUCCUGUGCACCUACGGAAAAGAGGAGUGGACCAUGAACUAAUGGACGCUCCACAAACAUGUUAUUUUCUCCUCUGCUCCCCUGGUAGGGUCCCUGUGUGGAUGAACAUGCAGCUGAAUCCAGAGCCUUGAUGGGUCAGAGUUCAGCUAGUUGGGCAGAGU